AAGAGAUUUUCGUUUCACCUGAUCAUCAGUCGAAGAAGUCUUCUUUGAGUAGUAAGGAAGUGAAUUUCUUCUCCAAAUAUUUGUUUUGAAAGUAAGAAAUGAGAAAGUGGUUGGAAAAUGGUCUGCUACUUUUUAUCUUGGCUGCGGUUGCUGGGCGAGAUGGUUCAACUCCCGAAGAGAUCUGUCCCUGCCAAGCUGAAGAUGCGUGUCAAAAUGAUCGCCACAUCUUCGGUCGUGAUGAGCUGGACAUUGAGAAAUUCGGUCUGAUUUCUCCUUGUCGCGAAGUUGGCGAAUUUCCAUGCUGCCCACGUGAGCCACCUCCAGCCAAAGAAAUCAAGCUGACACAACAGGAUCUUCAGGAUUUCUCACCGGCUGAGCUUGCUGAACUUGGUGUUAUGCCUGAAGGCACUAUUGGCUCCUCUUCUCUUCCACUUGCGGAACAAUCAGAUCAAUCCAAAUUAAUUCAGCAAAAUCAGCCACCGAUCGAUAUUACGCAACCGGGAGCAGCGUCAUUGGCUCCACAUGGAGCCACAAAUUUUGCUCCUAAAGUGCAACAUCAUCAACAGAAAGCAGUCCAUCCUGCCCAGCAGCAAAGUCCAGCUACCAUGCCGCACAAUCAACCUGUUUAUCAACAACGACCCGUCUAUCAACCACCGCCUACCUAUCAACCAUCUCCCGUCUAUCAACCACCACCUGCCUAUCAACCAUCUCCCGUCUAUCAACCCCCACCUGUCUAUCAACCGCCGCCAGUUUACCCAAUGCGUCCUUCUCCGCGUUAUCCUCCACCUCAGGUGUAUCGCCCUCCUCCCAUGUACAGACCACCUUAUCGAAAAUACUAA